UCCACUUCUCGUCCCUCUGGCUUCGUGGUUUAUGAUACGGCCGAAUCCGAUUGAUCUGCUCCUCUUGGAGCCGCAUUCUUAUUGACGUCGAGUAUCCUAGUCUUUACCUGCCGGUUGCCAUCGCUUCCAAGACCCACUCACUCAUCUCCGGUCGUUUCACCCCUUGAAUAUCAUGCCGGAUUCCAGACCGGAUGGCCACGAUGCUAAGCAAUCAGGGCCGACUCCCCUGCGACGGGAGCGGGCCCCGACCAUUACUAUCGACACGUCCGCAGUAACGGCUCCGACUGACCAACACGAGCCUCCGCAACAGAUCCUUCCCACGCCGUCGCAGCCCUCUUUGCAGGUAUCGACCGAAAAUGUUGAUGCGAAUGAUAUGAGCGCGCUCUUGAGUAGUGGGGGUGUCUCUCCGUCGUCCGUCCGCUCUUUUGCUUCAUCCGAACCUCGAGACUACGAAAGUCGGCCCACUUCUCCGCAUAAUAUCUCGUCGCCCGCAUCGAAAACCACCGAGGCCAUGUCGAACUCGAAUUAUUUGGCCGUACCCGGCACGCGAUCCCGCGGCAACUCGCUUGAAUCCGAGGACUCCAACCAUUCGUCCAGUUCCUACGGGGGAGAUACCUACGUUCCCACGGCAUCCCACGGGUCGCGCACGGAUUUGACUCAGAACACAAUUAUUCCUGAUGAGGACGCCCUUAAGCCGGAUCCGGGACGCGAGGCGGAGUUCGAGGUGGAGGACAACAAAUUUGCAUUCUCGCCUGGCCACCUGAACAAACUGUUGAACCCCAAGAGCUUGGGUGCCUUCCAUGCCCUCGGUGGGUUGCGUGGAAUUGAAAAGGGGCUUCGGACCGACACACGAAGUGGCUUGAGCUUGGACGAGGGGGAUCUGGAUGGUACCGUGAGCUUCGAGGAUGCCACAGCGACGCAGACGUCCGAAAAUAUACCCAAGUCCGCUUCUCCCGCGCCGCAGUCCCCUUCCCGGACCGACACGAGUUCAUCGAAGCACGUCGAGCAUACCUUUACGGACCGGAGCCGGGUUUAUGGAAGGAACCAGCUUCCGGAGCGGAAGGCCAAGAGUUUCCUGGAGCUGGCUUGGAUUGCGUACAACGACAAGGUGCUCAUCUUGCUAACGAUAGCUGCGAUUAUCUCCCUCGCCCUCGGAAUUUACCAAUCGGUCACCGCCACCGGGGAUGAGGCACGUGUGCAAUGGGUCGAGGGUGUGGCUAUCAUUGUGGCCAUUCUCAUCGUGGUCGUCGUGGGUGCCGCCAACGACUGGCAAAAGGAGCGUCAAUUCGUCAAAUUGAACAAGAAGAAAGAUGACCGGAUGGUGAAGGUGGUUCGCUCGGGAAAGACUGCAGAAAUUUCCAUCCACGACCUCCUGGUCGGUGAUGUGAUGCAUCUCGAACCCGGUGAUCUGAUUCCUGUUGACGGUAUCUUCAUUGAUGGCCACAAUGUGAAAUGUGAUGAAUCCUCUGCAACUGGUGAGUCGGAUGUGCUGCGCAAAACCCCCGCCCAUGAUGUCUACCGUGCAAUCGAGCAACACGAAAGCAUCUCGAAGCAGGACCCCUUCAUCGUAUCGGGCGCCAAGGUAUCUGAAGGGGUAGGAACGUUCCUGGUCACGGCAGUUGGAGUCAAUUCGACAUACGGAAAAACCAUGAUGUCUCUCCAGGAUGAAGGCCAGACCACGCCGCUGCAAUCCAAGUUAAACGUGCUCGCCGAAUACAUCGCGAAACUCGGCCUUGCUUCCGGAUUACUUCUGUUUAUCGUGCUGUUUAUCAAGUUCCUCGCCCAGUUGAAAGGUAUGGGCAAUGCUUCCGAGAAGGGUCAGGCUUUCCUGCAGAUCUUCAUUGUGGCUGUGACCGUUAUCGUUGUGGCUGUCCCAGAAGGGUUGCCUCUUGCGGUCACCCUGGCGCUCGCCUUUGCAACGACCCGGAUGCUCAAGGACAACAACCUCGUACGUCUGCUUCGCGCCUGUGAAACCAUGGGAAAUGCGACGACCAUCUGCUCCGAUAAGACCGGCACACUGACCGAGAAUAAAAUGACGGCGGUGGCGGCCACCCUGGGGAAGAACCUCCGGUUUGGAGACAAAUCCACGGGAGCCUCGAGUCGUCCUGACGGCGACCGAGGCCGUGACCCUGCGACUACCCUAUCCCCAUCGGAGUUUGCUUCGAGUCUUUCCGGCCCCGCCAAGGAUCUCUUGACCAAGUCGAUUGUUCUGAACUCGACCGCAUUCGAAGGGGAGCAAGACGGCACCAUGACCUUUAUUGGGUCAAAGACUGAGACGGCUCUCCUGGGGUUUGCGCGUACGUAUCUUGGGCUAGGCUCUCUCAGUGAGGCCCGGGACAAUGCCAACCUCGUCCAGAUGGUGCCAUUCGACUCGGGACGCAAGUGCAUGGCCGUGAUCGUCAAGAUGGACAAUGGCAAAUAUCGGAUGUUGGUCAAAGGUGCAUCGGAGAUCCUGGUGGCGAGAUGCACGCGAAUCGUUCAUGAUGCCACACAGGACCUGUCCGAGGGGCCCAUGUCGGACGAGGACCGGUCGAGCUUGGACAAAAUCAUCGACCAUUAUGCGUCUCAUUCGUUGCGAACCAUCGGCCUGGUGUACCGGGACUUUGACCAAUGGCCACCUCGUGGUGCUCCUACGCAGGAGGAGGAUCGUUCCAUUGCCGUCUUUGAUGCGGUCUUCAAGGACAUGAUCUUGCUGGGUGUCUUCGGUAUCCAAGAUCCGCUGCGACCGGGUGUGACCGAGUCCGUCCAUCAAUGCCAGCGCGCCGGUGUGUUUGUGCGGAUGGUAACUGGUGAUAACAUCAAUACUGCCAAAGCUAUCGCUCAAGAGUGCGGCAUCUUCACUCCGGGAGGCAUUGCCAUCGAGGGUCCUAAAUUCCGUCAGUUGAGCAGUCGCCAGAUGACCCAGAUUAUCCCCCGGCUGCAGGUCCUGGCCCGGUCCAGCCCUGACGACAAGAAAAUCCUGGUUUCGCAGCUCAAGAAGCUGGGUGAAACGGUGGCAGUGACGGGCGACGGCACCAACGAUGCCCAGGCUCUCAAGACGGCCGAUGUUGGCUUCUCCAUGGGUAUUUCGGGCACCGAGGUUGCCAAGGAGGCAUCCGACAUCAUCCUGAUGGACGACAACUUUACCUCAAUCAUCAAGGCUAUGGCUUGGGGUAGGACUGUCAACGAUGCCGUCAAGAAGUUCCUGCAGUUCCAACUGACCGUCAACGUCACGGCCGUUGUUCUCACCUUCGUGUCCGCGGUCGCGAGCGGCAAUGAGGAAUCCGUGUUGACCGCCGUCCAACUUCUCUGGGUGAACUUGAUCAUGGACACCUUUGCGGCCCUCGCCCUGGCGACCGAUCCCCCUUCUCCCCACGUUCUCGACCGUCGACCCGAGCCCAAAUCGGCCCCUUUGAUCAAUUUGACCAUGUGGAAAAUGAUCAUCGGACAGAGCAUCUACCAAUUGGUUGUUACCCUGGUUUUGAACUUUGCUGGAAAAUCGAUCUUUCACUACAGAUCGGCCGAAGAUCUCGACCGGCUCGAGACGAUGGUGUUUAACACGUUCGUCUGGAUGCAGAUCUUCAACCAGUGGAAUUGUCGCCGACUGGACAACAAGUUCAAUAUCUUCGAGGGCAUGUGGCGGAACGUGUGGUUCCUGGGCAUCCAGCUGAUCAUCAUUGGCGGUCAAAUCCUGAUCAUCUUCGUCGGUGGACAGGCGUUUUCUGUCAAGCGACUGAAUGGCGCCCAGUGGGGUGUCUCGCUGGUUUUGGGCGUGAUCUCGCUUCCCGUCGCCGUGAUUAUCCGACUGAUCCCGGAUGAGUUCAUCAGCCGGCUCAUCCCGCGGUUCUGGCAGCGCAAGAAGGGCCCCGAGCUUCUGGUGUCCGACGAGGACCGGCGGUUCGAGUGGAAUCCUGCUCUCGAGGAAAUCCGGGAUCAGCUGAAGUUCCUCAAGACGGUUCGCGGCGGCCGACUGAGACAUCUCAAGCACAAGCUGCAACAUCCCGAAGAGCUCCUCCCCAGAUCUCGCAGCGGGUCCCGAUCCCGAGAAAACUCGAUCCCUGGCACUCCUAUUGGCGAACACAGCGACAGUACUCCCACCCAGCCGCCGACCCCGGAGUCGCGGUCCCGACGCCGCACUCGGUCCCGGUCGAAUUCGGCCUUUGGCCCGGCUGCUGCGAUGGCUGGCGUGGUGGCGGGUAGUAUUGCCGGCUGGUCUCCGAUCGAGCGGCCCUCCGACCACGGAGAGGCUUUCAAGGUCCAGACAGACAGCCCCCAUGGAGGUCUGGAUAAACAGAAGGGCAUUGAAAUCCACCCGGAUACGGCUGCUGAGGACCAGAUCCUGGGCGAGUACCAGACCUCGUCCAAGACGCCUCCUAGCCAGAACCCCGGACUGCUGCCUUUCUUUGAAUAUGCGCCUCCCGAGCGGGCUCCCUCUAGCCGUAGCCGGCGGUCCACCUCUCGCCUGUCACGGUCCAGCCAAAGCCAGGCGUGAUGCACGAUCCUCCUCCAAUUCUCUCGCCUUGUAUACUUAUGAAUUGCUUUGAUUAUCCAAUGCCGGCUUGUGACUUGGGUUCUUAUGCUAGAUGUUGUUGCGCGUUCUGGGUUUAAUACUGGCUUGCUUGUUUAUGGGACUCGAUUAGCCUCGUGUGGAAUACUGUUUCUAAUAUCCUGGGGUGGUUUGGCGUACGUGAUUAAAAGGGUCGUUUCUAGACGUUGUCGCAUGGGGUAGGACCUGGGCAAGGCCGGUUGUCUGCUUUACUUUCCCUGUACAUAGCCAUGCUUCGGGUAGACUCGAUACAAUAAGUACAGUCGAUGAUUUCUAUCCCAG